UAAAAUUUGGCAUGCGCGAAAAUUCACUUCCGACGACAACAGCGUGAAAGUUGAUAUCAAAAGAAGUACAAGUGACUGGAAGAAAUGUCCAGACAAACAGUGAGAAGCGGUGAUCCGCGCAAAGUAAGUGCUGAGUUAUUCACGCUUACCUAUGGGGCUCUUGUGAGUCAGCUGGUGAAAGACUACGAAAAUGUUGAUGAAGUAAACAAACAACUAGACAAAUUAGGGUAUAACAUGGGUAUUAGGUUAAUAGAGGAUUUUCUAGCAAGAUCAAAUGUUGGCAGGUGCCAUGAUUUAAGAGAAACAGCUGAUGUUAUUGCAAAAGUUGGUUUCAAGAUGUUCUUAGGCAUUGUUCCAACAGUGUCCAACUGGAGUCCUUCUGGUGAUGAAUUCUCCUUACUGUUAGAUAAUAACCCGUUAACAGAUUUUGUGGAGCUACCAGAAGGCCAAAGCAAUUUAGAAUAUUCUUCAAUACUCUGUGGGGUGCUGAGAGGUGCUUUGGAAAUGGUUCAAAUGGAAGUUAAUGUAUGGUUUGUACAAGAUCAGCUCAAAGGAGAUAACACAACUGAAAUAAGAGUAAAAUUUAUAAGGCGAUUAGAGGAUGCAGUACCAGUAGGAGAAGAUUGAGAAAAAAGGAAAAAAA